AUGUGCGGUAUAUUCUGUUGUUUCAACAGACAAGGCGAUUUGGCAUCCUAUAGACCCAGGGCUAUAGCAUGUUCGAAGAAACAGAGACAUAGGGGACCAGAUUGGUCAGGAUGUUAUAUGGCGAAAGAUACGAUCAUGGUACAUGAGAGGUUGGCUAUUGUGGGAGUUGACACCGGUGCCCAACCCCUCGUCAGCGAAGACGACCAACUCGUACUCGCCGUCAACGGAGAAAUUUACAACCACGUCGCCUUGAGAAAAGGACUCAAAAACCAAGAUGCCGUUUUCAAGACUCAUUCCGAUUGUGAAGUCAUCAUGCACUUGUACCGAGAACACGAUACUGGACUUUGCGCAAUGCUUGAUGGAAUGUUCUCAUUCGUAUUAUUGGACAAAUCCGUCGAACCACCUCGACUUAUCGCUGCUAGGGAUCCAAUCGGUAUUACCACCUUGUAUAUGGGCUACCACUCUUCUUCACCGGAUACCAUUUACUUCUCUUCCGAACUCAAAGCGAUCCACGAAGAAUGCGACAACUUGAUUUCCUUCCCUCCCGGUCACUUCUACGACUCGAAAACCAAACAAUUAGAAAGGUAUUACAAACCUACCUGGUGGGAUGGCGAUAAGGGUGUUAUCCCCCAUGGCGAAGUAGACUACAAAUUGUUAAGAGAGACAUUAGAAGCCGCCGUAAGGAAGAGGUUGAUGUCUGAAGUGCCAUACGGUGUAUUGCUUUCAGGUGGUUUGGAUUCAAGUUUGAUAGCUUCCAUCGCUGCUAGGGAGACCGAUAAAUUGGCUGAGGAACAUGAGAAAUUCAGAAGAGAGAGGAAACAAGCUAUAGCUGAUGGUAAAUGGGUCGGCGACGAAAAACCCCUUGCUUCAUGGCCACAGCUCCACUCCUUCGCUAUCGGCCUCCCAGGUGCACCAGAUCUGAUUGCCGCCAAGAAAGCCGCCGAUUUCUUGGGUACCGUCCACCACGAGUACACUUUCACCUUGGAAGAGGGUCUUGACGCCAUCCCUGAAGUCAUCUACCACCUUGAAACUUUCGAUGUCACCACUGUCAGAGCUUCCACUCCUAUGUACUUGUUAUCGAGAAAGAUCAAAGCUAUGGGUGUGAAGAUGGUGUUGAGUGGUGAAGGUUCGGACGAGAUCUUUGGUGGUUACCUCUAUUUCCACGCUGCGCCCAACGCAAAGGAUUUCCACGAAGAAUUGGUCAAGCGAGUGAAGAACCUGCACACUGCUGAUUGUCUGCGAGCCAACAAAUCCACCAUGGCCUGGGGUCUCGAGGCUCGAGUGCCAUUCCUUGACAAACAGUUCCUCGAAGUCGCCAUGAACGUCGAUGCGAAAUACAAGAUGUUCUCCAAAGGUACACACCAAGAGGUCGAUGCUGAUGGACGACCCAAAAUGGAGAAGUACAUCAUCCGAAAAGCCUUCGACUGUGCACCAGACGGUAAAGCCUACUUGCCCGAUUCGAUCUUAUGGAGACAGAAAGAACAGUUCUCUGACGGUGUUGGAUACUCUUGGAUCGAUGGUAUGAAAGAUCACGCUGCCUCGGUCGUAUCUGAUGAGGACUUCGCCAAGAGGGCCGAACGAUUCCCGGAAUCGACACCUGACACCAAAGAAGCUUAUUGGAUCAGGGAGAUCUUCGAACAUCACUUCCCAACCAAGGCUGCUGCUUCCACGGCGGUGAGAUGGAUCCCCAAACAGGAAUGGGGUGUAUCGAGUGAUCCUUCUGGAAGAGCUGUGUCGAUUCAUACUGCCGCUUACGAGAACAAAGCUUAA